AAUUACAAAUCUUGAGUUUCGUCUGAAAUUUCUUGUUAGCUCCAAAAGAGGAAAACGAAUCCAAGAAGGAGAAAAAGUCUCAUUCUUCUUCAAGCUCCCCCAUCAUUCCUCCUUCAUGGGGUCUCUGCAUCUUACAAUUAUCACUCUCAUUUUAUUCCUUAAACCCCUUCUUUGAUUUUGUUUCCAGCUUCUAUAAAAAAAAAAACCCUAAAGACCUCUUCGAAAUUUCCCCAGAAACACUUAUUUCUUUUGCUUGGCCUUGAAUUAUCUUCCUUGACUACGCGUCUUUCCCCUGACUCCUGUACCAAUAAAUCAACCCUGAAGGAAGGAAGGAAGGAAGAUCCGAAAAAGGUUUUCUUUCGAUCGUUGCUUUGACUAUGCAUAGAUCUGGUACAACAAUGGCGUGGAACGUAUUCAAAUUCUGUACUGCCUUACGAGGUCUUGGGUCGAUCAUGAUCCUUUUGGUUCUUGGUGUUGUCGGUGUUACUUAUUACGCUGUCGUUUUGACUAAUUAUGGCCCUGCACUCUCUCAAGGUGGCCUUGAUUCUCUUGCUGCUCUUACUAUCUUAAUCCUCUUCCAUUUCCUCCUGGCAAUGCUUUUGUGGAGCUAUUUCUCAGUUGUUUUUACUGAUCCUGGUGUUGUGCCUCCUAAUUGGAGACCAUCUACUGAUGAAGAAAGAGGUGAAUCUGAUCCGUUAAACAGUUUGGAGUUCGUUGGUUUACAAGCUGAUUCUUCUUCAAACCCAAGAGUUCGGUUUUGUAGAAAGUGCAAUCAACUAAAACCUUCUCGUUGUCAUCAUUGUUCUGUUUGUGGUCGGUGUGUGUUGAAGAUGGAUCACCAUUGUGUUUGGGUAGUUAACUGUGUAGGAGCACUGAAUUAUAAGUAUUUUCUUCUUUUCUUGUUCUACACAUUUUUAGAGACGACUCUUGUGACUAUGGUUCUUAUGCCGCACUUCAUUGCAUUCUUUAGUGAUGAAGAAAUACCUGGAACCCCGGGAACUCUUGCUACUACUUUUCUUGCAUUUGUUUUGAACUUGGCAUUUGCUUUGAGCGUGAUGGGUUUCUUAAUCAUGCACAUUUCUUUGGUAGCUGGCAAUACCACAACUAUAGAGGCAUAUGAGAAGAAAACCAGUACAAAAUGGCGGUAUGACCUCGGUAAAAAGAAAAACUUUGAACAGGUAUUUGGAAUGGAUAAGAGAUACUGGCUAAUCCCAGGAUACACAGAAGAAGAUCUAAGGCGAAUGCCGGAGCUGCAGGGACUCGAAUACCCUUCGAAACCCGACUUUGAUUCCCAGUGAUACUGAAGAAAAUGACUUUGAUCAUCAUCCUCCCAUAUGUAAAACAACGAUACGUAGAAAACAGAGGAAGUCGCAUUUCAAGGAGAAAUCUACUAACAUGAAGAUUGAUGCUUCACUUUAGGCAGUGUAGUGUCUUCCCACGGAAGGCUAAAUCAUCAUCAAAUUUGUGGGUUUGUAAAAGAGGAAGAUUACAAUUUAGCUUUGUUGGCCACAUAUAUGUUUAUCUUCUUCAAUAUAUAGUUCAUUUAUAUGAUCUUAUUAUUAUAAAUGUAGAAACAAAUGAUUUGCCCUAAAUCCUCCUACUCUUUUGUUUGAA